UCGUGUUGCCUUGGACACUAUAGAAGCUAUUGUAUUGGCAGGAGUAGCCUACGGUAGGUGGGCUGAACGAACGCUGGUGACUCGCUUACCGUGUGUUACUAUUGUAUUUAAACUCACUGUCUUCCAUGUAACUGCACGACGUGAACGUUGAGCCGCGGUAAUCGUGUCAAUAGCGGUCAUGCCAUAUUAGUGGCGAUAGUUGAGCGUUGGUCUUUCUGGUAAAUUGGCUGCGAGGCAAGAAGAGAAGGCGUGGUGUCUAUGGAUUGAACAGUGUGCUAUUAGGAUAUGCGGAUCAAGACAGCUUCCUGAUAAAACAGCAGCAGAGCAGCUUACCGGGCGAGUGAGUUUCCGUGAGUAGACUGCACUUCUAGAGAAGCGAAGAAUAAGGGGAUUUAAAAGGGUUCGUGGUACCAGGAAAGAUCCACUGUUGGUAAAAAAAAUCGAGGAGCUGAAUCGAAAGGUAACGCCACCGGGAAAGAAGAGAUGACGGAGGGUCGAGUCUGCCAAGUGCAUCUCCUGGACGACAGGAAACUAGAACUGCUGGUUCAGCCAAAGCUCCUGUCCCGGGAACUCUUAGAUUUGGUUUCUUCCCAUUUUAACCUCAAAGAAAAGGAGUACUUUGGAAUAACCUUCAUUGAUGACACGGGCCAGCAGAACUGGUUGCAGAUGGACCGCAGGGUCCUGGACCAUAACUUUUCUAAGAAGAGUGGACCAGUUUCCCUGAAGUUCCUUGUUCGGUUUUAUAUUGAGAAUAUUUCAUACCUAAAGGAGAACACGACCGUGGGGCUGUUUUUUCUAAAUGCAAAAUCUUCUGUCUACAAUGGGGACAUCGAGGUUGAAAGUGAAAACGUCUUCAAAUUAGCUGCGUACACAUUGCAGGAGGCUAAAGGAGAUUACACCAGUGAUGAAACCACUAGAACGGACUUGAAGAAGCUCCCUACUCUUCCAACAAGAGUUCUGAAAGAGCACCCUUCCCUCGCCUACUGUGAGGACAGAGUGAUUGAGCAUUACAAGGCCCUGAAAGGGCUCACGCGAGGCCAAGCUGUUGUGCAGUAUUUGGCUUUAGUGGAAUCCCUUCCAACAUAUGGGGUGCAUUAUUACGGAGUAAAGGACAAACAAGGGAUACCAUGGUGGCUGGGAAUUAGCUACAAAGGGAUUGGUCAAUACGAUUUGCAGGACAAGCUGAAACCACGAAAGUUGUACCAGUGGAAGCAGCUGGAAAACCUGUAUUUCCGUGAGAAGAAAUUUGCUGUUGAGGUGAACGACCCCCACAGGAGGGCAGUGUCCAAGCGCACAUUUGGGCAGACAGGCCUGGUCAUCCACACCUGGUAUGCCAGCCACUCUCUGAUUAAGACCAUUUGGGUGAUGGCCAUCAGUCAACACCAGUUCUAUUUGGACAGGAAGCAGAGCAAAGCGAAAGUAACCACAGUGAGAAGUUUGGGCGACAUCGCCAUGGACCUCACAGAGGUAGGGGCCCCGAGGAUCAGUAAGCUGGGAAACAUGGAAGUGAAGAACCAGCUUAUCAUGGCCAGCAACGGCAGCCUGGUGUCUGCAGGGUCAGCAGACUCUGAGGUGAGCGAGGAGCAGAAGAAGGAGAAGAUCUGCGAGCUGAAGAAGAAGGAGAAGGAGCUCCAGGAUACCUUGGCACAGAAGGUGGAAGAGCUCAAGGAGCUGUGCUUGAGAGAGGCUGAGCUGACAGGAAGGCUGCCCAAAGAGUACCCGCUGUCCUCGGGUGAGAAAGCCCCUCCCGUCCGACGUCGAGUAGGCACUGAAUUCAAACUGGAUGACCUUUUCCCAUAUGACAAGGAUCCUAACCUGAGAAACCUGGAGAGCAGGUUUGCUCUUCAGCAGAAGAUCGUCGAGGCGGCCAAGAAGCUGGCCAGCGAGCCCGAGCUCUGCAAGACAGUGAAGAAGAAGAGGCAGAGAAACUGCCUGGACGCCAUGAGGAAGCUGCAGGAGAUAGAGGAAGAGAUCAACGAGUAUCGGAUCAGGACCGGAAAGAAGCCCACGCAGAGAGCGUCUUUGAUCAUGGCCGAUGAUGGUACCCAGGCAGAGCUGUGCUCGCUCUCCGGCAGUUUGACGUUGGACGAUGAUGUCUGUGCUGGAGCCCAGAGGCAGCGAUCAAGGUCGGUCCAGUACUCUCCUGGCCCCAGUCUGUCCGAGUCCCUGGGGUUCGAAUACAUGACAGACAGACGAGGUUCUGGAAACAGCCAGCAUAUAGAUAUGGGCCUCAGCAGAUUAAAUUAUAGCGAGGUCCAGGAGCCGCUGCACUACAGCCACAGAGACGCCUUAUCGACGCACAGCAGCCCUUACAGGCUUCCAUCCAGACAGCCCCGCGACGCGCACAGCGUGCCCCCCACCCCGGUCAUGACCCGCAACGCCUACAGCAGCAUCCAGCUGAGGUCGGACGAAGACGCUCAGCUCUUCCGCCAGCGGAGCGGGAGCCUGGAGUCUCAGUCCCAGUUCCUGACGGAGGCCGACCCCCCGAACCCCGCCUUCGCCCUGUCCCCCGCCCGCCGGAGCACCAGCACCGAGGUGCUGGACGACGGCUCGUCCUACACCAGCCAGUCCAGCGUGGAGUACAGCUUCCCCGGCAACCCCAGCUCUCGACCCCGGGGCCGAUGGCGCCACAGGAAGGGCAACGCCUACGCCAACACGGGCAGCAUGCCCAACCUGGCGCAGAACGACCCUGCUCACUGCUACGCGUACCAGCCCCAGCCCCAGCCCCAUCCCCAUCCCCAGCCCCAGCCCCAGCACCAGCACCGGCAGACCUCCACCGCUUACUACGUCACCGGCUACCCCUGCCACCCGGACCCCGAGCCGUACUCCAACGGGGCCUACGCGUACGAGAGCGAGCUGGAGGGCCACUACAACGUCAACCCGACCACCUACCACGCUCCUGCCUACCACGGGCACGACCGGUACGGCCACUACGCGGACGACGAGGUGGACGGCUACGCGCAGAACCCCUACGCCACGCUGCGGCCGUCCCGGAGCAGGCCGGGGCCCAGGGGCGGGCAGCUGGUCAAAAACUACCACAAGGCCCUGGUGGCGGAGCACCUGCGCGGCUGGUACAACCGCAACACGGGACACAAGCACGUGAGCUACGACUACGACAGGGGCUCUCAGCAAAGCCUGGGCUACCAGACCAUGCCUGCCCCCUUCGGCAGCUCCAGCAGGGCCACCUCCUAUUCAUCAGUCUCUUCGACUGCCAGUGCUGGGAACUGGCGCAGUCAGUUAGCUGUGGGACUGACGGAGUACGACAUGCCACAAUCGCCACAGCAGCCUUACCCAGGGACAGCCUACAGCACAGCCUACAGCAGCAACCCCUCAUACAGCAGAUACGGCUCCUGCCAGCACUCAGAGUGCCCCUGCCACAGCGCUGAGCCCCAGCAGCGCUGUGCCUUUCUCCCCGCUAGCCCUUCCUCCUCCUCUUCCUCCUCCUCCAUCCUCUCAUCCCUCCCGCCCUCCUCUCCUCGCUGCGUUCUGGAGCGACCGGGCUCCGCUCCCCAGCAGCCCCAAAGCUACAGAAACGAGAGGCUUAUUAAGUACCCCCACGCUAAGUGUAGCCCACGAUAGUCGUAUGUAGAUGUGAACCAAAUGGAAACACCCACCUGCAGUCAAACGAACAGCAGUUUAGAUCCAGAGGACCAGAUGUUGUACUGGCACGAGGACUCCAAGCCUGGAACAAUAGUCUAGGGCACUGCCAGCAGCC